AUGCAGUCAUUCCUCUCGAUCCUCGCCGCAGCCCUGAUUGCUGGCAGCGCUAUUCCGGCUGUCCAGGCAGCCUUACCUAAAGCUAAUGAGUACAAGUCAUCAGACUGCUCUGGCGCGCUCAACUAUGGCCACCACUCGGCUCUACUUGGGGAUGUCACCAUGGACGACACAACCCACUCGGUCUAUCUUGCAGGUGCCAACUGGGUCGGCUUCUCAGACAAGACUGGUAACGGCGGCAAAUGCAGUGGGUCGGCUUUGACAGUGUUGCAAGGGGAGUGCAACAACCUUGAUACGGCUCAUCCGGGAAAGCGGAUCAAGUGCGUCAGAAAUAUUGACUAA